AUGCUUGAUCUUCUUGAUUUCGUCUCUGAACGGGGUGGCGAUCCCAAAAAAAUCAAAGAGAGCCAACGCCGACGCUUUGCUCCCGAGGCUUCUGUUGACGAGGUGGCGAUCUUCUAUGAAGAGGCACGUCGCGCACGGUAUGAGGCCAUGCAAAUGGGUUCACAGCUAAAUGCCUUGCUCAAGGAAAUUGGAAAGAAGAAGAAGAACAAGGAAGAUGCGAGUGAAUUGAUGGAGCAGAAGGCUGCGCUAGAGGAGCGCAAGAAAAAGGCGGAAGAGCUUGCGGUUGAAAAGGAGGUUCAAAGAGAUCAGAAGAUCCGUACUAUUGGGAACUAUGUUCAUGACUCUGUUCCCGUCAGCAACAAUGAAGACAAAGCUGAUCAAGUGCAACAGGACGACAAUGUGAUAGUGAAAACCUGGGCACCAGAAAAUGUCACUGUCGAGAAAAGAGAUUGUCUCUCUCACCAUGAAGUGCUCACGCGCCUGGACGGUUAUGACCCCGAGCGAGGAGUAAAGAUCGUUGGUCAUCGCGGAUAUUGCUUGACAGGCUAUGGUCUAUUCCUCAACCUUGCCCUCAUUAACUAUGGGCUGGAAUAUCUUUUUACAAAGGGUUACACGCCCAACCAGCCCCCUCAGUUCAUGCUGAAAGAUUUCAUGGCCAAAACUGCUCAGCUUGAAGAUUUUGAUGAAUCAUUAUACAAGGUUACAGAGAGUGAAGACAAGUCUACUGACAAGUAUCUAAUCGCUACCUCGGAGCAGCCGCUCUCUGCGUUGCAUGACGGGGAAUGGCUUCAGGAUAAAGACUUACCUAUCAAGUAUGCCGGAUACAGUACCUGUUACCGCAAGGAAGCAGGGUCUCACGGCAAAGAUGCCUGGGGAAUCUUCCGUGUUCAUCAAUUUGAGAAGAUUGAGCAAUUUAUCUUGACCAAACCGGAAGACUCUUGGCAAAUGUUUGAAGAAAUGAUGGCUGCCUCUGAAGGAUUCUAUCAAUCUCUUGGCCUUCCAUACCAGAUCGUUUCUAUUGUGUCGGGUGCUUUAAACAAUGCAGCAGCCAAAAAGUAUGACUUGGAGGCGUGGUUUCCAUUCCAGGGCGAGUAUAAAGAACUGGUAUCUUGUUCAAACUGCACAGAUUACCAAGCACGAGCCCUAGACAUUCGCUAUGGUACCAAAAAGGCUACUGAUGCAAAGAAGAUUUAUGUUCAUGCAUUGAAUGCUACUCUUUGCGCUACUGAACGGACACUCUGUUGCAUCCUUGAAAAUUUCCAAACAGAGGAGGGUAUCGUGGUCCCUGAGCCACUGCGCAAGUAUAUUCCAGGAGCCCCCGAAUUUCUGCCAUUCACAAAGGAACUGCCGAAGGAAACCACUUCUCAGAAAGCUAAAGCCAAGCAGGCUUCUAAACCAGCAGCUAGCCUGGCUGAGACUACCAAGAAUCUGCAAAAUCUGCAAGUUUGA